AUGAUUUCCAAAUUUACUACUAAUCGAGCUCGCGAUUUUAAGGAUUUUAUUGGAUAUUACAUGUGUAAUUCUUGUGAGAGGGCAAUUUAUCUGGGCCGUAAACCUGGGAUACCGGAAAAUCCUUGUGAAAAACCUGUAAAUAACAAUUCAAGUGUUGAUGCUACUGAUCCAGAAGUUGAUGAGAUCAAAGAUGAUAACAAGAAAGAUCCGACAUUCAAAUGCAAUGCUGUGGAUAAUCGACUAAAAAUUGAUAACGUUAAUAAAUUGCUAUCGGAGUUCGGUGAACCACCAAUAAAAUUGAGACGAGUGUCAAGUGUCUCCGAGUGCAAAAAAGCUAUUUCAACUUCCGUGAAGAAAUUGAGUGGUAGUGAAAAUAAUAAUAACAAUCCAAAUGAAGUUCUUAUGAAUAAUUUUAAGUCUGCUUUUAACCAAACAACUAGUAGAUCCGAAAGAAUCCAAGUGUUGUCUACUCUUCCUUUGGAUUGGCCAAUAAAACUGAUACGACGCGAAUUUAACAUUUCGAAGAGAAUGGUACAAGCUGCGAAAAAUAUUAGAAAAAAAUCAGGAUUUGCGACUGAAAUCGUUGAAGCAAAGUAUACAAAAGAAGAAUUUUUUAAUGAGUUAAAAAAUAAGUGGUCAGAGCUAUUAAAGCACGAUUUUGUGGCAAAGUCUCAAGCGUCUUAUUUUUCCAAACAAAAAGAAUCUGUUGAAGUUGGAGAGUUUAUAGUAUGUCUCGAUUUUUCAGAAAACUAUUCUUUCUUUGUGCAAGACGCUAUCCAAUCGCAUCAUUGGUCCAAUGAUCAGGCUACGCUUCAUCCGUACGUUGCAUAUUAUAAAGAAAAUGGAGAAAUGAAGCAUGGAAAUUUUGUGAUGAUUUCAGAGAAACUUAGUCACGAUGCAAGUUCGGUACAUCUCUUCAAUACAAAAUUGAUUGAAUUUUUAAAAAAUAAAUUUGGUGCCGAUAACGUUAAAAAAAUUAAGUACUUUUCCGAUGGGGCAGCUUCGCAAUAUAAGAAUAAAUAUAACUUUGCCAACUUAAUCAAUCACAAGAAUUAUUUUGCUGUUGAAGCGGAGUGGAAUUUUUUCGCCACAUCCCAUGGCAAAGGAGCAUGUGAUGGCUUAGCAGUAAGUGUAAAAAGACAGGCUUAUCGUGCUAGCCUUCAACGUGACAAUAAUAAACAUAUAACGACACCACUCUCUUUAUUCCAGUGGGCUGAAAGUUAUUUUAAAAAAAUUAAUUUUGCUUUUUGUUAUCAAAAGGAUCAUGACGUACAUGAACAAAAGUACCAACAACGAUUCGAACGAACAGUUACGAUAAAAAAUACUCGCCAAUUUCACUAUUACAAACCAUUGAAUGAUGUAUCAUUGCAAUAUAAAACUUUAAAUUCAACCGCCAAUGAUGAAGCGCUACCUUUAAAUCACGCUGUUAUGUCAAUGGAUUCGACCAACUUAGAACCACAAGAUAAAACUCCAGCUCCAGAGGCCAAUUAUGGUACGGUACCUCCUGAACAUGCUGUUAGGUUAAUAGAUUCUGCCAAUAUAAAAUCACCACCCUACCUACAUUUGAAGGAAACUUUAACAUACUUUAAUGAUCAGGCAUCGAAAACAUAUGUCGAGAAAUAUUUUUCAACCCGCCAAGCAACACUAACUGCGAUGUAUAUCGUGAAAUAUCACCCAAAAUUUGUUCGAACGACCCUGUGGUUCCAAAAGUAGAGGAUCUAACAAAUUAGUUAAUCAGAAUAAUAAUAUAUUGGAAAACGAUUUAUACAACAUUUCAUCCUCUGACACUGACCCUUAUGUUUCUAAAAAUGACGAAAAUUAUCCCGAAUUUAUUUUGUCAAAUGAGGAAGGUUAUCAAGAAAAGAAGUAUUAAAAAGAACGUCCCGUAAAAGAAAAAGAAAUCUAAGUGCCUGGAG